AUGGCUACUAAAACAACUACAACAACAGCAGCAUCAGGAAAAAAACCAGCUUUAUCAGCUGAUGAACAACAAAAAAUUGUGUCAGGUUUUCAAGCAUUACGUGAUGAACAAACACAAUUAGUACAAAAGACUCAAGAUUUAGAAAUGGACUUAAAAGAACAUGAUCUUGUACUUUCGACUUUAUCAACAAUAACAGAUAAACAACGUCGAUGUUAUCGAAUGAUUGGUGGUGUUCUUAUUGAACAUACUGUUGGAGAAGUUGUUCCAGCUCUUCAAGCUAAUCGUGAACAAAUAAAUAAUGUUAUUGAAAGUUUUAAACAAAAAACUGAAGAGAAAGGAAAAGAAUUAGCUAAUUAUAAACAAAAAUAUGAUAUACAUUUCUCUCAUGAACGACCAACACAACAACAAACAAAUAAAUCUGCUAAUAAUAAUAAUGAGUCGGGAAUAGCGAAAAAAGAACCGCAAGAUUCGGGUGUUUUAGUUGAAAAAGACACGUGA